GCGACUUUCUUGGAGACGAGUAAUUACUGGAUCUUUCCCACUCACUCCUUAGACCUGGACUUGAUUGCCUUUGACACACCUACUCGGAACCCAACACGCCCCUCUACCGUUACAGUCGCUAUCUAACGCGCCUUUUAUCACGCCUGACUGACAUGGGACGUUUCGUUCGGUCGUGAGCGUCUUUCUACAAGGAGCCUCCUUUUGCAGGAGACAUAGUCUUUCGCCAUGUCUGCAACGACCUCAGCGGCGUCAUCUGCUACCACCAGUUGUGGCGGCGGUCUCUUUAACGCAGGUUGCGGUGCUGCACUCAGCGAUGUUGGCCAAGAUUGGGGCACCCUUCUCUCCUCUAUUGUCGUUGCCCUGGUCUCUUUGGGCGCCCAACUUCUUGGUUUCGUCCUACUUCGCCUACGACUCAGCAGAAUCUACCGUCCCAGAUCCUAUCUUGUCGCCGAACGCGAACGAGUUCCUGCCCCUCCCAAAGGUGUGUGGCAAUGGACCAUCCCUCUCUUCGUCACUCCGAACCAGACCUUUAUCGAAAAAUGUGGCCUUGACGCCUACUUCUUCCUGCGCUUCUUGCGCAUGCUGUUGAAGAUAUUCGUGCCCCUUUCGGUCGUCAUUCUUCCCAUCCUUUUGCCCAUCAACAAGCUCAGUUGCAGAGGUUGUACAACAGGUCCUGAUCAGCUGGGUUGGAGAAACAUUCAACUUUCUGACCACGCCCAGCGCACCUGGGCCCACCUGAUUCUGGCAGUACUCACCAUUCUUUGGGUACUUUAUGUUAUGUACACCGAACUACGUGGCUACAUCCGUAUCAGACAGGCAUACCUGGCUUCUCCCGAGCACCGUAUCCGCGCCUCAGCUACCACUGUGCUUGUCAGUGGUAUACCCAGAAAGUGGUUGACCGUUGACGCUCUGAAUGGCCUGUACGACGUCUUCCCUGGAGGUAUUCGCAAUAUCUGGAUCAACAGAAACUUCGAUGAUCUCGCCGAUAAAGUGUCAGAACGCGACAACAUCGCUCAGAACCUUGAAGAAGCGGAAACCAGCCUUAUUCAGAAGUGUAUCAAGAAGCACAAGAAGAUCGAAGCGAAGAAGGCCAAGGAAGAAGGGCGCAGCAAGACGAAAGAAGAAAGACAACAAGACAUGACCAGGGCGGACGAACAAGCCGAGCGCAUUGCACAAGGAAACGGCGUUAGCUCUGGCGACCCUCACCAAGUCCCACACAACCUGCAGGAAGUGCUUGAGGAGAUCGAGGAAGACGAGCACAAGCAUGACAAGCAACGAGACUCGUCUGAAGGGCUACGGAACAAACUUGGUCAAGGGUUUGGUGCCGUCGGCCAUGGUUUCGGGGCACUUGGAAAUUUCGGUCGCAAGGUCGUGGGUGAGGUCGCUGACGACGUCAAUCGCGUCAUCCGCAACGUCAACGAGACCGUGGACCAGGCCAACAACAUGACGGGCUUCUACGCAGACGUUGAUGAGCUUAACAAGCCAGCGCCUGCCGAAAGGCUUGCUUUUGAUUCGUCUGUACCUGCACCUGGACCCGCGCCUGCUCCUGCGCCUAUGUCUGCACCUAUACCCUCUUCUGCUCGUGUUCCCCCUAACCAAACUAAUCAAACCAGUCGCGCCAGUUACCCCAGUGACCCUAGUAAUCCUAGUUACUCAGAGAUGGAAAAUGAUCAAUUCGAACCAGAGCGUCCGACCGGGCUCAGGAAGCCUGACGAUGUCGCAGUUUUGGAUCGAGCCGACCCUUCAGAGACUAGGCGUUCGGAUUGGAGCGAGCCUUCUUCUGCGAACACACAGACUCAUAGCCAAGACAACUGGACGGAUAGCCCGAAAUCAGGCGUCAAAGGAUCAACUACGCCGGACAAGGCCAAUACAUCGAAGCCGCGAGGCGCGCCUAGAAGAGCGUGGGAUGCGAUUCGGAAACAGGUGCAAGCCACUCCGAUUCCUAUCCCUAGCCCCCAGCCUCACGCUGUAGAAGAAGACGAGUACCCUCUCCGAACACUUGGGCAACCCAACAAUCCUGAUCCGAGCGAGAACCCUGAUCAAGACAUGUCUAAGAGCAAAUGGGCCAACAAGUUUGGCUGGCUCAAGUUCUGGAAGAAAGGUGGACCAGAAGAGGAGAAACCGGUCUACCCAGAAGCUUUCGACCAGGAACUUGCUGAUGCGGAGGAAAGUGAGCCCUUGUGGAAGCUGUACAUUGAUCCGAAAGACCGUGAUACCCUUCGCGAGCCAAUUUUCAAGUGGUCGUGGUGGCCUCGCUUGCCUCUGAUGGGCAAGAAGAUAGACAAAAUCUACUACUUGCGCAAGGAGCUUGCUCGACUGAACGUUGAGAUAGAGGAGGACCAACAGAAUGUGGAGCGAUACCCAUUCAUGAACUCGGCGUUCAUCCAGUUCAAUCACCAAGUGGCCGCACAUAUGGCUUGUCAGUCUGUCAGUCAUCAUAUGCCACAGCACAUGACACCUCGUCUGGUAGAGAUCUCUCCCACCGACGUUCUAUGGGACAACAUGUCAAUGAAGUGGUGGGAGCGCUAUCUGCGUAGUGGCAUCGUGUUCGCGGCUGUUGUCGGUAUGUUGUUCCUCUGGGCGCCUGUGGUCACGAUUUCUGGUUUCCUCUCGACUCUGAACACCUUGGAGACCAUUUCAUGGUUAUCGUGGAUCUCCAAAUUACCACCCAAAGCUGUCGACCUGGUUCAGGGUAUCCUUCCGCCAGUUUUCUUGAGUAUCGUCCUCGCGCUAGUUCCCAUCAUUCUUCGACUCCUGGUUAAGCAAUCAGGGGUCGCGACAGGGAAUGGCAGAGAGAUGGGAGUCCAGGUCUACUACUUCGCGUUCCUUUUUAUCCAGGUCUUCCUCAUCGUCACACUGUCAUCUGGUCUGCCUGCUUUCUUCAAAGAAGUCGCGACCGAAACCACGAAGAUUCCCGAGACUCUUGCCACGAACUUGCCGAGAGCGUCGAACUACUUCUUCUCUUACCUUACAGUCCAAGCUCUCAACAACAGUGCAGGUGCAUUGUUGCAAGUCGCUGCUCUGUUGGAAUGGUUCUUGUGGGCGCCCAUAGUAGACACUACGGCACGCCAAAAGUGGGCUAGACAGACCAAGCUGAGAGUUGUGAAGUGGGGAUCUUUUUUCCCUCCAUUCACCAACUUCGCAGUUAUCGGAAUCAUCUUCUCCAUCAUUGCACCUUUGGUCAUGGUGUUUAACCUGAUUGUGUUCUCGAUCUAUUGGAUCACACAAAGGUAUAACGCCUUGUAUGUCUACCAGUUCCGACACGACACUGGUGGUCUGCUGUUCCCCAGAGCCAUUAACCAACUAUUUGUCGGACUAUACAUCAUGGAGAUUGCCAUGAUUGGUCUGUUCUUCGCUUUCCCGGGUGAUGACAAAUGUACAGCACAAGCAAUUAUCAUGAUUGUUAUGCUUGUGGCGACAGCCAUCUUCCAAUGGCUCAUCAACGAUGCAUUUGCACCUUUGUUCCGAUACUUACCAAUCACGCUCGAAGACGAUGCUGUAAUUCGCGAUGAAGAAUUCGCUCGCGCUCAGCGUGUCAAAUGGGAGAGUAUGGCGGAACAACAGGGCGAACUUGAAAGGCUACAAGCCGAUCCUGAGAUGACAAUGGAAGAAAGAGAAAGAAAGGAAGCCGAAGAAGAGGAAAGGGCCCUUGCCGAGGAGCGUAGAGUGAUCAGCGAGCAUAGGCGCACCAGUACUCGCAUGUCAAGCUACGGUUCCGGCGCACAUUCAGAUCAUCCCCACCCCGCUAUCAUGGACACUAAGCCUGCCAACAACAACAGCGGCGAUCGAUGGAGAAAGGUCAAGCAGGUCAGCGAGCCCGUCCGCCAUUUGCGCAAGAUUGCCCGACCACACGCCCACGGCAUGGACGGCCGCAAACCCACUGCCAUCGACGUGGACCCUCAAGCCGUCCGCGUGGACAUGGAGUCUCAAAAACAAGUCGGUGACGUGCUCUUCGGCGGUUUCAGCGAUGAACUCGAAGACCUCACACCCGAGGAACGCGAUACUCUCAUCCGCUACUCCUUCCAACACUCCGCCCUCCGCGCCCGUAGACCGGUCGUGUGGAUCCCACGAGACAAUCUUGGAAUCUCUGAUGACGAAAUUGAAAGGACCAAGCGCAUGAGCACUGUGGAGGAUAUUGACCCGGAAACAGAGAAGAGGACGCCAAGGACGAAUAUCUGGAUCAGUAACGAGGGUACUGCGUUGAAUGCGAAGGGCAAGGUUGUGUUUAGAAGAAGCCCGCCCGACUUCGCCAACGUGGACUUGAUUGCGCUGUAGUGGAGCAACAAGAAUCGAAGGAAGAGAGGAAGGAGUUUAUGGCAUCAAUUUCUUGAUUUGCAUAGCGUUGGGUUUGGGCAGGCAUGGUCUUUUCUUGUUGUUGCAUGUUCUAUUUUUCUUUGAGCGCAUCAUAUCGAGCAAGCAUAACUUAUCCGAACUAAGAUUUAUUCAUUUUCCUAGGACAGCAUCCUCACCUUGUGAAUUACAUUGCGAGGUACUGGCCCUC